UGUAUUUCUACCAAUUUCUUCCUUUCACCUACUUAUGAAUUCUGAUGGGAAGGACGACUUUUUAUUUUAAAAAAAUCCCCUUUUCAAAUUUCACCAGACCCUAAUCAAUUUAUCACUCUAUUUGUCUUCUAAAUUACCAUGUGUAGCUUAUUAUGCUCCUCUCAUCUUUGUUCAUGACUGCAUUCAUGACUUCUAACUUGUGCCUUGGCUACGAAAGAUUCAAGCGAGACACCCAAUUUUUGUGGCUUCGAAAUGGGUAAUUUCAAGAACAUACUUUUUAUCAACCUGCUUGGUAGAAUUCUUUGAUGUUUCUUGUUGAUGGAGGAUUUUAUCGGAAAUUGGUUCACUUUAUUUUGGAAUUUCGAAUGUAGCAAUCUUCACUAUACUCCCAUUGGACUCUAUGUCCAGGGAGAAUAGAAAAUUGAGUACUGAGUUUGAUUAUUCGCCUGAAGCUUUGAGAAACCUAUUCUUAGUUGACUGUUAAGGGAAAGUUCAUUUACAACUCUGUUUGCUGGAAAGAGAAAAAGUGCUGUUUGAGACCUAAGUCAUUAUUGAUUGGAUUGGAUUAGAUUAAAAUGGGUGUUUGGUUUGGAGCUAUUACUGCUAUUGCUGGUUAUGUUGCUCAACAUUGGAAUGAUCUUUUACGGUGUAAACAAAAUCUUGGGGAUUCACCUAAUGGAAUUCCUGAAAUUUUGAAGCAUAACUCUUCUCAGAGUGUUCCUCAAGCCCUUAAUGAGGACUGCCCUUCCCUGGGAAUGAAGCUUAGAAAGAAAUUUGAUGAAAAUGGUUUGUCUAGGGAAAAGGAACUAGUCCGUGAAGAUGAGAAUAUGGUGGAAAUGAAUUCUAAAAGUGGUAUAUUCGUGAUGGAUUAUUCUGAUAGUCCCUAUACGAUUUCUUGGUCAAGGAAUAGAAACUGCCUAAGAAGUAGAAUUGCGGAUAGACGUAUCAUGAAACCAUUGACUUCUCUUGAAAAUUGUUUGGUGGCCCAGUUGAUCCACGAACGGGCAGAAAUGGAAGAGUGUAUAUUUGGUUCAGUUCCUUUACGCCCACCACCAUACGCGCCUCAAAAGGGCAUUGUUCCACAACAGGAGACACUAUAUGGAGUUCCUCAACUGCCAAAUAUUGGGUCCAGCAAGUUCCAAAGAAAAGAAAGAGUUGGUAAAAAGAAUCAGAUCAGAAUAUAUCGCAGUUCCAGGAAAAAGAUGACCAAAAAGCGCAUUCAAUCUCAAGGAUUUUCUAAUGAAGCUUUUCUUCUGUCCCUUGGGAUAUACAUUGGAGUUUUCUUUUCUAUGGUGGCAUAUAAAAAAGAAAUAGAAAAACUUAACCUAAUACUGAAGGAGACAAACUAUUUGGUUCAAGAUCUACAAGAGGAACUUGAAAUGAAGGGUUCAUUAAUUGUGAAAGAAAUUCACGCUGAGGAUUAUAACAAUGACGGGUUGCAUUCACUUUCUUCUCAGCAGAAUCAUAAGACAUUGGAGUGUUGUGUUGAAGAACAACAAUGGAAGCACACAGAUGAAGAACCAAUGAGUAAAAUUGAAGUAGAGCUUGAAAUGGAACUAGAGAGAUUAGAACAGAAUAUAGAUUCAUCUCAUUUGGAAGGGAAAUUCAUGGAACUAAAUGAGCUUGACCCAGAGUUCAUACCAGAUUUACCGGAGGGUGAGUUACUAGAUCAGGCCUUUAAUAGAAGGGGUAUUCUACAUUAUGGAGACCGUGAUGAAGGUGACAAAUCCACUCCUCCCUCGGCAAAUUAUGCUGUCUCGCCUAGAGAACUAUGCUUGAGGCUACAUGAGGUCAUUGAAUCACAACUUCAAGAACAUGUGAGGGAGCUUGAGACAGCUCUUGAAAAUAGCCAGAGAAAGGUUCGGUACAUGGAAGUAGAAGAAGAAGAAGAAGAAGAAGAAGAAAUAAAUUCUUGUAUAGAAUUAUCUAACCGUCUAAAUGUUUGGUCGUGAAUUUAGCCAGAUGCUCAAGAUGAAAUGUCAAAAGUAAGAAAGCCAGAAGAUGACGAGAUUCAGAAGCCUCUGAUUAUGGGCGUAGAGGGGGGAACCGAGCCCCGAGCUUGGUUAUUUUUUAUCUUGUUCGAUUUUUUGUUUAAAAAUGUAUAUGAAUGCAUAUUUUUUCCUUGCCCCAAUUUUUGCUAAAUCAAAAAGGUUUUGAUUUAGCAUAUUGCUCAGAAAGCUAGGAAACGCUCUCCUGCAGUUUUGUGUGCCCAGAAAGCAUUGGUUCGCAUGGAUGUUAAUGAACUUCAAAAUUGGGAUUUGAUGUGGCCAGAUUUUAUAUAAUGAAGUGGUUAAGAUUUUGUAUA